AUGAACGCAAACGACGUGCACGGGAUUCCCGCGUUUGCCACGCUGUCGGAAUGGAGGCAGUUCUCGACCGGUAUGACACUGGAAAAAUGCUGGAACUUGGCCUGUCUUGAGCUUCAGUCUCUUCUACCGGUAACACCUGAGGUCGGUCGAUUUGACUACCAAGACGCCCAGGUUUUGUUCUAUAUGCACCAAGACAUGGUGGAGACCAACAACUAUGUAAUCCUUAAACAUCGCGGUUGGAUGGCGAGCCUGCAGACCGACAACCUCGAGUACUUUCUGGUCGUGCUUCUCAAGCUGGAAAAGGCCUACGAGUCAUACCAGGACGAAGAGCUGUUCGCUCAAACGCUAACACUCGCAAGAGAAAUGUGGAGGUUGCGGCAACUCGGCGACGACUCCUUGAUAAACACUCGCAAAGUCUUGACAGUGGGACCUGGGAACUCGAUAGGUAUGUACCGGCAGGAUCUCAGCCCUUCUGGACCCAACGAUUUCGAAAUCAAGGUGCUCGAAAAGAAAUUUGAUUUUUUGGGGUUUCUCAUCAUGAAGACAAGCGCACACGUCUGGAGAGUGUUUGUUGGAGAUGGCCCGCAUAAGCCAGGCCGAGACCAGAGAUGGAAAGACUUGCUCCGCGUUUGCGGGCACCGUGUUCAUAAACGUCAUAUUUACCUUGCGGCAAUGAAUGUUCUGGAAUAUUUCAGCAGUGAGCUUCGGCCCAUGAUGCCCAUUCCGAACGCCAAACUCCCCACUGCCCUGCCUAAGUCUGCCCAACCUGUUGAUGGGGCAGACCCGGCGGAAGUAGGAAAUCCCAAAAAGAGGGCGGCGCCAAAUCACGCGAGUGGGACAUUUGAGACGGGAUAUAUGGGAGCAUCAUAUGGGAUUCCUGGCCAAGGAGGUAAGACAUGA